AUGUGGGGAUUUGACGAAGGCGUCACCGGCGACUCGUUCGGCGAUGGGGAGCCGAUGCACGAGAUGGAUGACGCGUGGGCGAUCGGCGAACCCGUCGUGAACGACGAGUUUGGUGAAGGCGAACCUCGGUCGCAGCUGGGUUCGUCGCAAUGCACGAAGUCUUCGCUGACUGGCUACAGCUGCUCCGCCGAACUCAAGGGCAAAGAUUAUAUCCUGCACUGGACCGUUGGAAUUAACUCCAUCUCUUACGCCGCCGAAGUCGCGACCACCGGCUGGGUCGCCCUCGGCUGGUCCAAGGACGGCAAGAUGGCCGGCAGCGAUGCAGCGAUUGGCAAUCUGCCACCUGGCACCAUCACUGACACUGCGAACGGCAACCCGGCCCCCAUUGGCGCUUACUACAUUCGCGCGAAGAACGCGGCGGAUAUUGUGCCGAACCCGCGUCUCGGACUGUCGUUGACUGCCGUGACUACUCGCGAUGGCAAGACCAUUGUCGAGUAA